UCUUGCUUGAUUCCUCGAGUCAGUUUGCUCUCACGGGCCUUUUUGUUGCCCAGCUUGGUUAUUUUCUAAAUACAAAUUUCUUAGAGUUACUAUGGAGUCUGGUGAGACAGGUAAACCUUAGUUUAAUUAUUAACCCGAAGCUUUAUGUAUGUUAAAAUGUGGUGCGUUUUAGCCAACCAUAUGUGGCUGCCCUCAGCCAAUGCUUUAGCUUAGUUAGUAGCAACACAGAACAGAUCGCCUGCUAGCAUAAUCAUAUUUCAAAUUAAAUGAACUAGGAUAGUGUCGCUGUCUGGACAUCAACAACUUUUUACAUAAACAAUAAUGUUGUACGGGAAGUCACUGCGCUAGUAGAGCUUUUGACAGAAAUGAUAAAAUCAAACUAAUAACAACUAUGCUCAGUCAGUCAAUGGCCGUGGAGGAUGGAAGUCCAAGCCUGGCCAGCCUCAGAAAAACAAGAUGAACUUAAAUAUUCUUCGUCAAGAACAACUGAUCGCCCAGAAGAAAAAAGAGAUUGAAGCGAAAAUGGCAGAGAAAGCAAAACUGAAUGCAGAAUCUAACAGCAAGCCUCCGCCUCCAUCUCGAAGCUCUCCAGGUCCUCAAGGACCAAACUCCAAUAAGUUUGCAAAUGAUGGAAGCUUCUUACAACAGUUCAUGAAAAUGCAGAAAGAAAAGGCUAGCAAUGUGUCUGAUUCCUCCAGUGAUUCCAAGACUCCCUCCACCUCUAGCUCUUCAGGAAAUAACGUUUUGCAGAAAAAGAGCAUUUUAAUUGGUCAGCGUACUGGCAUUGGAGUUAGCAAGAUGCUUAGUCAGUUCAAGAGCUACUCCCAGUUCAAAAAGAGUCCAGUGCUCAGCCAAAGGCCAAGUGCGUUUUGUUCACCUGACGAUGAAGACGAGGAAGAGGAGAGUGAUUACUCCAAAUUCCUUGAAAUGAAAGUCUCUCCCCCAGAAGACUCAGACACCAGACUCAUUAUUGAAAAGAUGGCCUCUUUUGUGGCGGAAGGAGGGUCUGAGCUAGAGAAGAAGGCGAUGGAAGACUACAAGGACAACCCUGUUUUCUUUUUUUUAUUUGACAAAAGCAGCUUGGAGUAUCUUUACUACAGAAAAAGAGUUGCUGUAUUGAAGAGGAAUUUGCAGCGAUCUGAGAGUCUGUUGGAUGAUAUCUCCCCCCCAGUGGACCCAGAAACCCAGGAAAUGGUCGACAACCUGGCCAGGUUUGUGGCAGAGAGUGGCCCCGAGGUGGAAGCCAUCGCUGCUGAGCGCAACCGAGACAACCCCGCCUUCAGUUUUUUGUAUGAUAAGCAAAGUCCAGCCUACAAACUGUAUAAGGAGAAACUCCGGGAGUAUCGUGGCACAGCCCCUCAGAGCUCCUCACCUCCAGCAGAAAAUGUCAGAGCAGACGUUCAGCAGCCAGCAGCUCCUCCAUUACAAGGUUCCUCUGCUUUACGGAGCGGCAUGUCUGGGCCUCCACACGAGGGCUCAGAAACGCCUCCUGUUAAACGGAAGAGAAAGAGCAGAUGGGGAUCGGAAGACGACAAAGUCAAGCUACCGGUUCCUCCGAUCGUUGUUCCUAAUGAAAUUACCCCCGAAGACCCGAACACUCCCUCUCUUUCUGCCCAGGAGCUCAGUGGCCUUGGUUAUAAGAAGGGGAAGCCACUUGGUCUGGUGGGGGUGACAGAAUUAUCUGAGGACCAGAAAAGACAACUUAAAGAACAACAAGAGAUGCAGGAAAUGUACGACAUGAUAAUGAAGCACAAGCGUGCCAUGGCAGAAAUGCAGAACAUGUGGGAGAAAGCCAUAAAAGAGCACCAACAUGAAUACGACAGUGAUGAAGAGGUCGAUCAGGACGCAGGAACGUGGGAACACCAGCUUCGAAAGAUGGAAAUGGAGAAAACAAGGGAGUGGGCAGAAUCCCUGACAGAGAUGGGCAAAGGAAAACAUUUUAUUGGUGACUUCUUGCCGCCCGAAGAGCUGGAGAAGUUCAUGGAAACCUUUAAGGCCCUAAAGGAGGGUCGCGAUCCGGACUAUUCUGAGUAUAAAGAGUUUAAGCUGACAGUGGAGAACCUCGGUUUCCGAAUGCUCAUGAAGAUGGGCUGGAAGGAAGGAGAAGGCCUUGGAAGUGAAGGACAAGGAAUCAAAGCUCCAGUAAACAAGGGAAUUACAGCCACAAAUGGCGGUGGUUUCGGGGUUGACCGUCCAGCUGAGCUCACAAAAAGUGACGAUGAAUACGACGCUUUCCGAAAGAGGAUGAUGCUUGCUUACCGUUUCAGGCCAAACCCCCUGAAUAAUCCACGACGACCGUAUUAUUAAAAAAGGGAGUUCUUUCUGUUUGUAUCUGUAAUAUAAAAGCGAGUUGAUGUCACUGUUUAGCUUGUUUUUGAAAUGUAAACUCUUAAUUUAGAACUUAAGCAAUUUUAAAUGUGAUGUGUGAAGAAA